AAAAAAAAAAAAAAAAAAAAAUCCAUUUCCCCCUCAUCGUUUUAAUCCGCUUCCUCAUCUCACACCAUUGAACCGCGAAGGUCGAAUUUUGGGAUAUUUUCCGCCAAAUUUUCCCUUCCUCAAUUUGAUCCGGAAAUGGCCAAAACCACGCCGGUUUUGAAUUCGCGGAACCGAAAACCCUAGAUAGUAGAUCUCGAGGGCUUCGGCCUUCGCUGGCCUCAAAACCCUAGCUUCUGCUCGGAUCCUCGGAGCUAAACCCUAGCUAGCUCGUCGCGGCGGAGCCAUGGUGGCGGAGCCGCUGAUCCACAAGAUGCUCUCCGCCCUCUCCCUCGACUCCUCCCCCUCCUCCUCCUCCUCCUCCGGCAGCGGCGGCGAUAAGAAGAAGAGCAGGAGCAAGAGCAAGAGGGAGAGCAAGAGCGGCAGCGGCGGAGGAGGAGGAGGAGGAGGGGCGGUGGGGAUUCUGUCGUUCGAGGUGGCGAACGCGAUGUCGCGCGCGGCGAACCUGUGGCGGGCGCUGGCGGAGGCGGAGGCGGAGGCGGGGGCGUGGGCGGAGGGAUGGCUGUGGGGUCGUGCGGUGGAUGUCGGGCGACGAGCUGGCGAUUGCCUGGCGGCGCUGCGGUGGCGGAGGCUGGACGAGCUGAAACGCGUGGCGGCGGCGGCGGCGAGGGCGGGGCGGCGCUGCUCCGUCCCCCGCCCUCUCGGCUUCGAGCACGUGCACUCCGAUCCUCUCUCGGCCGCCCCCUCCCCCGCCUCCCCUUCGCUUCCUUCCCUCCUCCUCGCCGCUCCCCGUCCCCACCUCUUCCGCAAGAUGGACCGCUCCUCGCCGCCGCCACCCGCCGCCUCUACGCCGAGCUGGAGGCCUCGCCGACCUCGAGCAGUCCGCCAAGAAUCUCUCCCCCGACGCCGCGCCCGCGCGCCCUCGAUAACAAGAGUCCGCUGGCAAGCGCCACGACGUCCGCACCUCCGCGACGCCUCCCUCUGGACACUCUUCGACUCCGCCGUCCUCUCCCCGCCGACCCCCCCUCCCCCUCCUCCCCUCUUCCAUCACCCUCCCUUCCUUCCUCAUCCUUCCCCUUCCCCCCCAAUUCCAAUCCCCCCCUCCCAACCUAUCCAAUUGGAAUUCUCCUUCCCCGAUCGCAGAGACGACGCCGCCUUCCGCCUCAACUGCAGCGCCGCCCCCGGCCGCCUCUUCAUGGACUGCCUCAGCCUGACCAGCAGCGCUGCCGAAGCCUCCUUCGACGACGACGACCACCGCUCCGGCAGCAGCCAUUACAAAACCGGCCCGCUUCUGCCCCCCCGCGGCGAGCAGGGCCCGCCGCCCAAGAGCGGCAGGAUCGCCGCCGGAAGGCUAAAAUUCGGCCCCAAGACCAAGCUGACGGCGCUCGCCCCGCCCUCCACCGUCGGCGGCUCGGCCCUCGCCUUGCACUACGCGAAUAUCGUAAUCAUCAUAGAGAAGUUGCUCCGGUACCCGCAUCUGGUCGGCGAGGAAGUGCGGGACGAUCUCUACCAGAUGCUCCCCUCGAGCCUGCGCGCCGCCUUGCGAAAGAGCCUCAAGUCUUACGUAAAGAGCUUGGCCAUCUACGACGCGCCUCUCGCGCACGACUGGAAGGAGAAGUUGGAGAAGAUACUGGUUUGGCUCGCGCCGAUGGCGCACAGCAUGAUCCGGUGGCAGACGGAGCGCAACUUUGAGCAGCAGCAGAUCGUUCUGAAGGGGAACGUCCUGCUGCUGGAGACCCUGUAUUUCGCCGACAGGGAGAAAACGGAGGCCGUUAUUUGCGAAUUGCUCGUUGGGUUGAACUACAUUUGCCGGUACGAGCAGCAGCAGAACGCGUUGCUGGAUUGCGCGAGCAGCCUCGACUUUGACGACUGUACGGAUUGGCAGGUGCAAUAAUAGUAUAUACAUUGUCGGGUGGUUCGCGACAUGCUGUUGUUGCUGCAGUUUAAGAGGAUUUUGGAGAAAAAGAGCGUUGUCGAAGUUUUUGGAAGAGUUUUCCUCCUUUGUCGAAAGCGUCUGAUUGAUGAAAUAGAAGAGUGUUCGGUAGCGGGUGUUUCUCGUGUGAAGGUAUGACGCAUCUGACCUCGAAUUUAUGUACAUAAUAAUUCCUUUCGUUGUCGAAAGAAAAGAUAUAACAAGGUUUCACCUUCAAUAUUCUUUUUCGGAAAAAUGAUAACAUUUAUUGUUUGCUGCAUUUGAAUACUUAAAAAGUUUCGCUCCCUGCAUGUGUGAGAUAAAAAAUUCUACGAAUGAAUCUGGUUAUCAGGUAUUGUAAGGAGAGUUAUUAUUUGGUAAGAAGAUUCGUCGCAUGAGACAACUCAUUCAAUUCGAAAAUGAUUAAAUGGAUCCCUUAUUUUGCGGUU